AUGGUACACGGUCGGUUUCUGCCACGUCUAUUCACGGUCAGCGUCGGGCUUUUGGCCUUGCUUGUGGUGUCCACGUGCGGUCAGCAGCAGCUGUUUCCGCUGUCCAUCGUACACAUAAACGAUUUCCAUGCACGAUUCGAGGAGGUUAACGAGGCCAGUGUCACGUGUGAUACGGCUGGUGGUGAGACGUGUAUCGGGGGGUACGCCCGGACGGUGACGGCCGUGAAGAAGCUGCUUGCGGAGAGGACAAACACGUUGUACCUGAAUGCGGGUGACAACUUCCAGGGCACGCUUUGGUACAACAUUCACCGGUGGAAUGCGACGGCGGAGUUUCUCAACAUGCUGCCGGCUGACGCGAUGACGAUCGGCAACCACGAGUUUGAUAAUGGCGUCGAGGGGGUCGUACCGUUCCUGGAAGCGAUCAACUCACCGGUGCUGCUGGUGAACGUGGACAACAGCAAGGAACCGGAAUUUAACCGGUUCAGCAAGAGCCUGGUGUUGGAGCGCGGUGGUCGUAAGAUCGGCCUGAUCGGGGUCAUUCUCAGCACGACGGACACCAUCGCUAAUACGGGCGAGCUGGCGUUCGAGGAUGAGGUGGAAACGGUUCGGGCUGAGGCGGAACAUCUGACCGAGCUUGGGUGUGAUAUCAUCGUGGUGCUCUCCCACUGUGGCCUCGACGUUGAUCGCAAGAUAGCGGCCAAUGUUGGGUCACUGGUGGACAUCAUCGUUGGGGGUCAUUCGCAUAGUUUCCUGUACACCGGUGAUCAUCCGACCAUUCCGAUGACUCCGGUGUCCGAGUACCCGACCGUCGUGUCACAACCGGGUGGUCACCGGGUGUUGAUUGUGCAGGCGUCCGCUUACACCAAGUUGGUUGGAGAUAUUGUGCUGUACUUCGACGACCAGGGCGUCAUCCAGCGCUGGGAGGGUAAUCCGGUGUACCUGAGCACCGACGUUGUGCCGGAUGUGGCCGUUGCUGAGGCGCUGCUUCCGUGGAAGGUGUCGGUGGAUGAAAUCGGCAACCGGAAGAUCGGUGCGACGGCUGUCGAGCUGCAGAAGGGUCCGUGUGGGUUCGGUGAGUGCAACUUGGGCAGUUUGAUCGCGGACUCGAUGGUGGCGGCAUUUGUUCCGCGGGCCGAACCGGGCCAAUGGACGUAUGCGGCCGUUGCUGUACUGGCCGUUGGUGGCAUUCGAGUGGGCCUUUUCCCAGGUGAUCUUGCCUUCAAGAACCUCAUCGAGGUGCUGCCGUUCGAGAACGCGCUCGUGUGCUUCGACAUGCGCGGUGACCAUCUGAUCGAUCUGAUGGAGUACAGCGUGGAAAAGUCCUGGGACGAGGAUCGGUUCAAUGGGGCCAACAUGCUGCAGGUGUCCGGGUUGCGCGUGCUGUACAACGUCACCAACCCGAUCGGGGAGCGUGUCCUGGCGCUGGACGUGCUGUGCCAUGAGUGUUCCGUGCCGAGGUACGAACCAGUGGAACCAUUCCGGAAGUAUCGCGUCAUAACGAACUCGUUCCUUGCGGGAGGUGGUGAUGGGUUCACGAUGUUCACGCGAUACGGCCAACGAAAAGUUACGGGAGCGGUUGAUGUGGAGGCGUUCGAGAGUUACGUCCGAGAUCGGUCACCGGUGUACCAGGGGUUGGAUGGGAGAAUUAAGGUUCUGACGUAGCAGCACCGUCUCAAGUUCAUCGACGAACUGCCAGGGGGGACCGAAAACCUCCCCGCGGAAAGGUGUAGGUUAGCACAUCGUAUCAUCAAACCAUGAAACAAGUAAUAAAAC